CGGCGCGCGGGGUUUAAAUCGGCGGCGGUUGCCCUGCCCUGGGUUCCACUGCGGGGCCGGGGAGCGCAGCCGCCGCCGCCAAGGAGCUGCUCGCUCUCGCCGUGCCCGCACCAUGGACUCUCGCCUCUGCAGCCGGGUCUGUCCCGGACUCGUCAUCAACAUCCAGCGGAGCAAUGGCCAGAUCCACGAGGCGAAGGUGAAGACCGUGAGAACGGAUGGGACCUCUGUAUCCGUGGAGUGGACCGAAGGUGGCACCGUCAAGGGCAAAGAGAUUGAUAUGAAAGAUGUGAUAACAAUAAAUCCUGAGUUAUUAGAACUACCUGCUGCUGAUCUCAAAGAGAACUUUCCUUUCCAAGAGAAUUUAAGUGUACAGAAACAGAAGCGUAGAUCAACCCUUUCAAAAAUCCCUGCUCCACGGGAAGUUGCAGCAGCGACACCUAAUGUCUCAACACCUGAGCAGAGGACUCCAGCUGCGCGUGGGCGGUCCAGGAUGUCUGUUAUUGCAGAGUCACAGUGCAUCCUCCAGGAAAAUGAGAUGGGGGUAGAUCCCUGCACUUCUACACAAGCCAGAAACGAUUCAUCUGUUCCUGCUGGCAGAACCAGGGCUACCAAGCUGAACUGUGUUCCAGAAGCCUCAGUGACAAAUCUCAAUGGAAAUACAGAUGAUCACCUGCUUCCUGGCAGAAUCUCUUCAGUGAGCCCAGUUCGGAGAAGAUCCAACAUUGUGAAAGAGAUGGAGAAAAUGAAAAACAAGAGGGAAGAGAAGAGAGCUCAAAUCAGUGAAAUCAGGACCAAGCGUGCACAGGAAUUUGACAGCAGCUGUCCAAACUGGGAGUUUGCAAAGAUGAUCAAGGAAUUCAGAGCAACUUUAGACUGUCAGCCACUAUGUAUAACCGAUCCAAUAGAGGAGCAUAGGAUUUGUGUCUGUGUGAGGAAGCGCCCUCUCAAUAAGCAAGAGCUGCAAAAAAAGGAGUGUGAUGUCAUUACUGUUCCAAGCAAGUGUGUCCUGCUGGUGCAUGAGCCAAAGCAGAAAGUGGACCUAACAAAGUACCUUGACACCCAGGCAUUUAGAUUUGACUUUUCAUUUGAUGAAUCCUCUUCUAAUGAAAUGGUAUACAGGUUCACUGCUAGACCUCUUGUGGAAACCAUCUUUGAGGGUGGGAAGGCAACAUGCUUUGCUUAUGGCCAGACAGGCAGUGGCAAGACACACACGAUGGGUGGAGACUUCUCUGGGAGAACACAGAACGCCUCAAAGGGCAUAUAUGCUUUUGCGUCACAAGAUGUCUUCCUCCUCCUAAACCAGCCCAGGUACAGGAGUCAGGAACUGGAAGUCUAUGUGACUUUCUUUGAAAUAUACAAUGGGAAGGUGUUUGACCUCUUGAAUAAGAAGACAAAGCUUCGAGUCCUGGAGGAUGGCAAGCAGCAGGUCCAAGUGGUUGGUCUCCAAGAGAGACAAGUCAGCUGUGCUGAGGAUGUCAUCAAAAUGAUUGAGAUGGGCACUGCCUGCAGGACAUCUGGGCAGACGUUUGCAAAUGCCAGCUCUUCCCGGUCACACGCCUGCUUCCAAAUCCUGCUACGCCGAAGAGGGAAACUCCUUGGCAAAUUUUCCUUAGUGGAUCUGGCAGGGAAUGAGAGGGGUGCAGACACAUCUAGUGCUGAUCGGCAGACACGAAUGGAAGGUGCAGAGAUCAAUAAGAGCUUGCUGGCUUUGAAGGAAUGUAUCCGAGCUUUAGGGCAGAACAAAUCUCACACCCCUUUCCGGGAGAGCAAGCUGACCCAGGUGCUGAGAGACUCUUUCAUAGGAACAAACUCAAGGACCUGUAUGAUAGCAAUGAUUUCUCCAGGCAUGAGUUCAUGUGAAUACACCUUGAACACAUUGAGAUAUGCUGACAGGGUGAAAGAGCUAAGCCCUCAUAAUGGAGGCAGUGAAACACAGAAUCAGAUGGAGACUGAGAGCGAGGAAAUGGAAGGCUUGAGUCCUCAAUACAAUCUCUGCAAGGAUGAGGAGGAAGAGCUCUCUCCCCACAUGUUCAGCUUUCGUGAGGCUAUGACUCAAAUUAGUGAACGGGAGGAGAAGGUUGUAGAGCAGCUUAAAGAACUGAAACAGGGACUGGCAACUGAACUUGACUACCUCUUGAGAAUCACAGAGCAGCCAGACUAUGAUCUUGAGACCUUUGUGAGCACAGCUAAGUACUUUGUGGAGAAGAGCUCAAGAAACUUCCUGAGUGUUGGAGAAACUCUGGAUGCCCUGGAGGCUGCCAUGCAACUGGAGGAGCAAGCCAGCAAGCAGAUGAGGCGGAAGAGGCCUUAGUAAAUACAGCAAAACAUGGUUCACAAGCAGUUCUCUGUAUGUCUUACAUGUUUGUUUGGUUUGUGUCAUUCCUAUUUUCAAUGCUGUAGAGCGUUUGCAGGUCAUGUGUGCCUGAAGGUAGAGAACAUGGAAGCCUCUCCUCACUGGUAUCAGGCUGGUAUCAGGGUGCUAAGUAGAGUGCUAGAAACACCCCUGCAAGGCCUGGGGAGGGUGGCUGAGAGUCUGCUAGAUGCCUCUCUUCUGGCCCUUUGCAAGUGACAAUGGUCUCUUCCAACAGAACUAGAUACAUGUGUAUAGUUUUCUAGUGUACAUAACCUUUCCAGAUGUGCUUGAAACAUUGCAAAGCUGUUGCAAGUCUGGCUUUUCUAGAAAGAAAAUUGACUUGUAUGUAAUUAUACAACACUGGUAUUUUAAUAAGCUUGAUAAAUAAAUGUUCCUGGAUUUAAUUA